AUGGUUAACUUGAUUUCAUUGUAUUUAUAGGUACCCAUUCUGCUUUGUCAUUAACCCUUAGAUCAAGAAAUGGCACUUCUGUUCUUCCUCCUACUAUUCCCAAUUCUCCUCUUGUUUCUUCUCAAAAAACACAGAGCCACCCCGCAUCUACCGCCUGGUCCUAAAGGCUUUCCCUUUAUAGGAAACCUACUUCAACUUGAUAACUCCAACAUUCAAAAACAUCUAUGGCAGCUUUCCAAAAAAUAUGGCCCUAUUAUGUCUUUAAGACUAGGUUUCAAGCCAACCCUAAUAGUCUCUUCAGCUAAAAUGGCAAGAGAAGUAUUGAAAACCCAAGACCUUGAAUUUUGUAGCAGGCCAGCUUUAACUGGCCAGCAAAAACUAUCUUACAAUGGUCUAGACUUGGCUUUUGCACCUUAUGAUGAUUAUUGGAGGGAAAUGAGAAAAAUUGGUGUCGUCCAUCUUUUUAACUCAAACCGAGUCCAAAGUUUCCGUCCCAUUAGAGAAGAUGAAGUGUCUCGUAUGAUUCGAAACGUAUCGAAAUUAGCUUCUGACUCUAAGCCUGUCAACUUGACUGAAGAGAUGAUGGCUCUCACAAGUGCUGCAAUAUGUAGAGUUGCUUUUGGUAAGAGGUAUAAGGAUGGUGGAAAUGAAGCAAAGAGAUUGCAUCAGCUGCUUAAUGAAACUCAGGCCUUGUUUGCAGCUUUUUUCUUUUCAGAUUAUUUUCCUUACGUUGGAUGGAUUGUUGAUAAACUAUCAGGAUUACUCUCAAGACUGGAAACGAAUUUCCACGAAUUUGAUAUAUUUUAUCAAGAACUCAUUGAUGAGCACCUUGAUCCUGAGAGAGAAAUGCCUGAGCAUGACAACUUUCUCGAUGUUUUACUUCAAAUUCAGAAGGAUCGUUCUAUUAAAAUCCAGCUAACCUUCGAUCACAUCAAAGCAAUUCUCAUGAAUAUAUUUGUUGCCGGAACAGACACAAGCGCUGCUGCUGUGAUUUGGGCCUUGAGUUUUCUAAUGAAAAAUCCUGAAGCAAUGAGAAGAGCUCAAGACGAAAUCAGGAAGCUAACUGGAAAAAAGGGUUUUGUAAAUGAAGAUAAUAUUCAGCAAUUACCUUAUCUAAAGGCUGUGGUGAAAGAGACAAUGAGACUACAACCAGCAGUUCCAUUACUAGUUCCCAGAGAAACAAUUGGUAAGUGCAAUUUAGGUGGGUAUGAUAUAAUUCCGAGUACACUAGUUUAUGUGAAUGCAUGGGCAAUUGGAAGAGAUACUGAAGUUUGGGAGAAGCCGCUAGAGUUUUGUCCUGAAAGAUUCUUGGAAAGUGAUAUUGACAUGAAAGGACAAGAUUAUGAAUUAAUACCAUUUGGUGCUGGACGCAGAAUUUGUCCUGGUAUAUACAUUGGAGUUGCCAAUAUAGAGCUUUCACUUGCUAAUCUUCUCUAUAAAUUUGAUUGGAAAAUGCCUGACGGAAUGAAAAGAGAAGAUAUAGACACUGAUAAUGUGUUGGCUGGUAUUUCCGUGCACAAAAGGGAUCAUCUUUUGUUGGUGGCUGAGAACUUUAUCUGAUAGUAUUGAAUGAGAAUGUAAAAAUAAUCAUCGCUGUAUCUUUCCCUGUUCUUUGUUUUUUUGAAGCACUUCUAUCUUUUUAAUGUAUACUCUCUACCUUAAAUAAAAAAUAAUGAUAAGUUUCUGCCUUCAA